GAGACCGAAGGAGAUGGAGGCCGGCGGUCUUAGUAGGAAGAAGCGGAAACCACCAGCCGGGGUCGAGACCGCCGACGAGGCCCCGGCGCCGGCGGAGACGGAAGCGCCCGAUCCCGGAGUGGGCGAAGAAGAUGAGGGACUCGUCGACCACAUCAGCAGCCUCCCCGACGCCGUCCUCGGCGACAUCAUCUCCCUCCUCCCCACCGACGAAGGCGCCCGCACCCAGAUCCUCGCUUUCAAGUGGCGCCACCUCUGGCUCUCCGCCCCACUCAACCUCGACUGCGCUGUCCUGCUAACGCGUUGCCGUAAUCAUGCCGAGCGUGCUGCUGGUGUCGUGUCGCGCAUCCUUUCUUCCCACUCCGGUCCCGGUCGUCGCCUCCGCGCGGACAACCUAUACCGUUUCCAGCUCGGAGCCUUCGAUGACUGGCUCCGGUCCGGCGCUCUCGACAAACUAGAGGAGCUCGAGCUUGGAUUUUACAGAACGGCGGUACCGCUGCCGUCCCACACCUUCCGCUUCGCAGCCACCCUUCGUGUUGCCACCAUCAAAAAGUGCAACCUCCCCGACGGCAUCAUCCAAGGGCUUCACUUUCCCCUGCUCAAGCAGCUCGGGCUUGAUUGCCAGUUGCCCCGCUCUCGAGUGCUUGCUGAUAUUACAAAGCUUUGGUUUCUGCUCCCUUCGGAUCAACUCCCUUACCCUUAGGAGCAUUGGUGUUGAUAAUAACAAUAGUGCUUACCAAAAUCGUGUCCAUUUAAAGGAGCUCAUUAUCGA